AUGCUCCUAUGGUCUCGCUUGUUUCAGCAAGAAGUGGAGGCAGUGAAGCCGCCAAGUAUCGAACUCAUGGACAUGGCUUCAGUGCUCCUUCAGCCCCAGGGAGAAGACAUGGUCUGCAUAAGCUGGUACAUCCAUAACCUCCUCAGCAAACACCAGGAGACCUUCAGCGUCAUCGAGAAGUGCCCCAAGCCCGUCAUCGCAGCCAUCCAUGGGGGCUGCAUUGGCGCAGGUGUGGACCUCAUCACCGCCUGUGACAUCCGCUACUGUGCCAAGGACGCGUUCUUCCAGGUGAAGGAGGUGGACAUGGGUGUGGCAUCUGACGUGGGAACACUGCAGCGUCUGCCUCGGGUCAUUGGGAGCCAGAUCCUGGUCAACGAGCUGGCCUUCACCGCCCGGAAGCUGAUGGCUGACGAGGCCCGGAGCAGUGGGCUGGUCAGUCGGGUGUUCCCAGACAAGGAGGUCUUGUUUGACGCAGCCUUCUCCCUAGCAGCGGAGAUUUCCAGCAAGAGCCCCGUGGCGGUGCAGGGCACUAAAGUCAACCUGCUCUAUGCCCGCGACCAUCCGGUGGCUGACAGCCUCAACUUCGUGGUGAGCGUUUCCUUUCGGCCAAUCACAGUUCGUCUCCCAUUCCAGUGCAGCCAAUCAGAGCUCAGCAGCCUGCUGUAUGCCGUAUGCUCUGAUUGGUGGGCUAUUGGCUACCCCCCGAUUUUCAUUGGUCCAACCCUAAUCUUCCCCGCAUCUUCUGUUGCCGUGACCCUCUUUCUGCCGCGCAACUGGAACAUGAGCAUGCUGCAAACCGAUGACAUCGUGAAGUCUGUCCAGGCUGCGAUGGAGAAGAAGGAACUGAAAAGCGUCACCUUCUCCAAGCUCUGAGAGCCGGCAUGCCCUGGUCUAGCUUUGUGCUGCCGUGGUGACUUCUCACACAGUCUCCCAGUUUAUAACUUUUCAACACGGAUUUCCUCCAGCACAAGGCCUUGUCUUUGCCCCGUGAACAAUAAAACCAUAUAAAGAACCUGCUGACCUUGGGGAGGGAGGAGAGGAGCUGAGCUAUGCCUGGGGGCUGCAAGGACCACAGUUGUGCUGAAGGUUGGGGACAGAGAUCUGACCAGUGGAAUGGGUGCCCUGCAGGUGAUGACCAUCCGGAGCUAGGGCGGGCAGGCGCGGGCCAGUAGUCU